CGUGUCCUGAGGCUCACCGCAUCAGAGAACACAGCAUGAGGGACGGAAGAGGGACGCCCUGCACCUGCCUCGCAAGAGGGAAGGGAGAGGGCGAUGAUUUGGACAAACUGCUAUGUAGACUUAAAAGAACGCAGGAGAGCCCUGGCCCGUCAGGUUCACUUUGCCGGAUAAAGAAGCCUGCGGUUGAUGAAAAUGAAAAUGCACAAAGUCAGACGUUAUCAUUGGAAAUGAAAAAUGAUCUGAGGGAGGUCAGCCUGUUGCUUCAUGAUGGCGAUGAAGUGUUUCCAUAUUUGAAGGAAUCAGUAAGAAGAAAUUCUGCCUCCACAGCGGCUUGGAGCCAGACUGUGGACCUGUUCUUUGCUCCUGCAAGAGAAGGUUUUGCUGGGGUUUCCUGUGGUGUCCAGGGAGCCCAGGGGAGGGCCUGGCUGGGAGGAGAGCCUGGGGCCGCUGACAGCCACAGAGGACAGUGCUGCAAAGGAGAGCCUCAGGGAUCAGGACCUCGAUGCCGUCGAAAACGGUCAGGAAUGGGAAUCCCUGAGGAUGAACCACCGCGUGCUUUUCUUGAGGGGCCAGGCUCUGAGUUGGAACCGGCUUGCCUGCAUUUGGUCCUGGGUACACUGCCGCACCUGCAUCCUGAAGUCUCCCAGAGCAACGAGACAGAAUGUGUUUCCCUGGGUCAUUCAGAGCCUGUGGUUUCAGAGCAAACAGUAGAAUACAAGAAAGUGCUCCCAGGUGUAAAAAGUACCUCAAACCACCUGCGGAUAACACUGCGGUCACUGGCUCUACAAGCUUUUGAAGUAGCAAAGCGUUUGUGCCAUAGUUAAGGUACAAGCCGAACAAUAAAGGUAGUGAGAUUCAUUUUCAAUUGUCUUAGAAUGAUUUCUUUCUAUUAAAUCUGGAUGUAAAAGUGCAGCUGUGUGUGAAGUUCCUGCUUUGGUUUUCAUGACCAGACAAACUUAAAGUGAGUGGAAUUUAAACUCAUGGGAAGCUGGUUGGUGCAGGAGGAAAUUUAAGGGCAUUAAAUUGUGCUGGAAAGACAUUCAGGAUUGGGAAACCACUUCACGAGAACAUUAAUAUAUCCUGUGUAAAUAUCAGAUUAGAACGAAAGUCCUCAAUGCACCUUCCGCUCCCAUGCUGAAGGGCUGCCGUCCCAGGUCCUGUCUGCAGGUUUUCUGAUCAUCUAACAGAAGUGGGUGUUUGUAAAAGCCCUUCUGCAAUCGCCCUAAGCCUUGCUGAGUUGAUGCUGAGCUGUUCCCAUUUCUGCAUUUUGUAGAAUGAUUUUGGUUUGCAUCAAAAUGGUAUUCCUUUUCUCACAUCCCUUUCCUUCCACUUGGAACGCAAUUUUAAUGGAGGCCCUAUGGUGAGAGUUGCAAUAUGAAACCCAUUCAUAGAAUAAACGUUUCUUAAACUAGGGAACUUAGCGGUGUUACCUGAAACAGCAGUGCGGGUGAGAGUGUAUUGUGUAGCUCACAGAAGCAAAUCAAGUUUUUCCUUUAUAGAAGGUGUCCAGUUUCUGGGAGGUGAGGUAUCUUUUACACUAAGAUUUUUCUGAGAUAACUCCUUUUGUUGUUUGUUGAUAACUUUGGAUAAAGGUCACUUAAGAGAGUAAGUUUUUAAGGAAUCCCAAAGUAAAACAACCGUUUUCGGGAUUUUGGCUUGCCUAUAUCAGUUUAUAUUGUGUGCUAAAUUACUAUGCUCUGUGCUAUUUUAGUGUUUUGGGAAAAUGAAAAAUAAAAUUUGUUCUUUGCCAUAAUAAAUGUC